GUAAUCUCCCCCCUGAAAGGAUUCAACCACUUGGAGCCAAUCAAACGAGUGAAUUCCGCGUCUCACCUCCUCCAAAAAGAGGAUAAUAAAGAUGUCGGAGAAGUUGCUCAUCAUCGACACGGACUGCGGCAUCGAUGAUGCCCAGGCCAUCCUGUUGGCCCUGGCGGCGCCUCACGCUCGCGUCCUGGCGGUCACCUGCGUGUUCGGGAACGCGUCCCUGGAUGACGUCUGCCAAAAUGUGAUUAAAGUGAUCGCCGUGGGACAAAGGGAACAGAUCCCUGUGUUCCGUGGCUCGGUGGGGCCCCUAGUCGGGACGGCCAACGACACCCCCUGCGACCACUUCGGCAUAGACGGCCUCGGGGACGUUUUAGAGGACAGGGACCCACGGUGGGAGAAGAAAAUCCAGAGGGAACACGCUGUGAGUGCUAUGUUGCGCCUGGUGGCGGAGAACCCCAAGCAGGUAAGUCUAGUGGCCUUGGGGCCCCUCACCAACCUGGCGCUGGCUGUCAAGAUGAACCCAAGCUUCCCUGGAAUGCUCAAGGAACUUUAUAUCAUGGGAGGCAAUAUGGAAGGGAAAGGCAACUUAACUCCGAGUGCAGAGUUCAACUUUGCCAUGGAUCCUGAAGCAGCUUAUGUGGUUCUGGAGGAGUUUCUGUGCCCAACCUACUUGACGUCGUGGGAAUAUGCCUGUAGAAAUGCGUUGUCUUGGGAAUUCUUCGAGGAGCUGACAAACCAAGACACAGUGGCGUCUCGCUUUAUGAAGGCCAUCACGUCGCGCUGCUGGGCGUAUUCCCGAGAAGCUCUGCGCAAGAAGCGCGACGUCUACUUCGGACCAGGCUUCGUCUCCUUUGACUCGUACGCCGUGGCGGCCUGCGUGGAUCCCAGUGUGGUGGCCGAGAGUGUGUGCUGUCCCGUGCGUGUGGAGCUGUGGGGCGCCAUGUGCCGCGGCAUGAUGGUCCUGGAUCGUGUUGGGAUCUUGAACAAGAAGCACACCAUUACAGUCUUUACUAAAUGCCACAAGGACAAGUUGGAGAAGCUGCUGAUCCAGUCGCUUACGGAGUCCGCGAGGAGCACUGAUAAUGGAAAAUGAACACGCCGAUUAAUGUAAUCAAAUGCUGCGUUUAAAGAAAACAGCUUUUAAAAUGUUUUAUGAAAUAUAUUGUCUAUUAAAACAGGGUUUGCCUCAAUAAUGGCUAAGUUCAAUUGUAUAAAAAAACAUGGCAACAAUUUUAAAUUUUGUUUAGUAUUUGUAUUCAUUUGCCAUUAAUGGUAAUAGACGUCAAAUUCCUUUUGACUGGAAGAGGCUGGCAGCGACUGAUCGUGACCAGACCUCCCGAUAAAAGGAAUAGGACAUUUAUCGCUGUCAUUGGCAAACUGUGUCCCCCCCCCAAAAAAAUGCUGUCAUAAAUGAAAUUUUGUCAAGAAAAUUAAAAUCAU